UAGUUAAUACAGAUCAUAGGUGGGGUUAGAAUUAGAAUCCCAAACAAAAAAUAACAGAAGGGCAAAGUGUGAAACCCUGCGUAUAUAUAAACACAUCAAAAUGUGUAAGAGUGAAAUCAUUAAAUACAUACACAUAACAAAAUAAAAUAUAAGAGAACAAACCAAAAAGGCCCAAAAAAAAAGAGUAUUGGUUGGUGGUUACGUUUAUUAAAGAGAAGAACCAACUCAUUUCUCAUUUCCCCACUAUAUCUUCCUAUUCUUGCUCCCCAAAACUAAAAUUUCAAAACAUAUAGCUCUCUAUUUCUUCAUACCCACCAAAUAGGAAGAUAAACAAAAAUAAUGGCCAAAAUUAUAUCCACCGUUGCUACCAUAUUCUUCUUGGUAAUGACUUGUGCGUGGGCGCAGCAGGCCCCAGCGCAGGCACCGAUGGAUGGGAGUAUGGGGCCGACGGCGUCUGCGCCGGGGCCUGACUGCAUGACCGUGCUGAUGGGGAUGGCUGACUGCCUGUCUUACGUGCAGACAGGCAGCAACCUCACCACACCGGAUAAGCCUUGUUGCUCUGAGCUUCAGUCAUUGGUGGACAAUAACCCAAUAUGCCUUUGUGAGUUUUUAGCCCACAGUGGUGACUCUGGCUUUCAGAUCGAUAUCAGUAAGGCUAAAAAGCUUCCUUCUGUUUGUAAAGUUGAUACUCCACCUCCUAGCACCUGUGCCUUGGUGGGAAUACCAGUGGGAAGUCCAACUUCAUCAGACGGUCCAAGCGCUUCAUCACCAAUGGGUACAGUUAGUGGUCCUACAGCUGAAUCGCCUGGAGCCACAAAAGAUGAUGGAAAUAGAGGUUCAACCAGCUCCAUUGUAGCAGUGCUUCUUGGGUUUGCAGUCACCAUAUCAUUCUUUUCUUCUAUUUGAUCCAUUUUAAUUAAUUAAUUGUUAUGUGUUUGUUUGUUAUCUUUAAUUACUAUUUACUUUCAUUUUCAAUAUCCAUUGUUGGGAGACCACAUUCAUCACUUAUGUACUCUUUGUACCCAGAAUUAUAACAUUUAUAUAAUAUGUGUAGGAUUUAUUAUAAAAUAAUUUAUUAUAUUUCCAUUCA